UAAAAUGCUCCUCACAGUUUGGUCUGAUCUCUGCUGACUUCUGGUGAAUUCGAUAGGGAACAUGGCGAGAAUCUAUUUCAGUGCAAUGUGUGUUGGAUGCACUCUACUGGGGAUUGCAUCAGUAGCCACCAUAGUUGGGUUGUGGACAGUUCAGAUUCUUCCUUCAACUGAACCUCCUAAUGAGCCAUGGAAUGAGUACCGUCUUCCAGACACUCUGGUUCCAGACUCCUACAACAUCUCUCUCUGGCCUCGACUCCAGCCAAACAUUGAUGGUCUUUUUGUCUUCACUGGAAAGUCCAUUGUGGUCUUCAGAUGUGUGAAGGAGACAGAUCUCAUCCUCAUUCACUCCAAUAAGCUGAACCUGACCUCAACAGAUGGAUAUCUAGCAAGACUGUUGGGACUUGGUACCACAGUGGUGCCCGCAAUACAGAAAACCUGGAUGCAGGAGACAACUCAGUUCCUUGUCAUAGAGUUGAAGGGCAAACUGAAACCUGGGGACUUUUAUGCACUUUACACAGAGUUUGUAGGGGAGCUUGCAGAUGACCUGGCGGGUUUUUACAGGAGUGAAUACGAUGAGAACGGAGUAAAAAAGAUAGUUGCCACCAGCCAGAUGCAUCCCACACAUGCUCGCAAAACUUUCCCAUGUUUCGAUGAGCCUGCAAUGAGAGCGGUUUUCAACAUCACUCUUAUUCAUGACAUGGGAACCGUUGCCCUGUCCAAUGGAAUGGAAACUGAGAAAGUGGACACCAUUCUUGAGGGCCAAGCUGUUACGGUGACAACAUUUGAAUCCACAAAGAAAAUGUCCUCCUAUCUAUUAGCACUGGUUGUCAGUGACUACACAAAUGUUACAUCAGCGGAACAGACUUUGAUACGGAUAUGGGCCCGUAAGAAAGCCAUUGAGGAUGGCCAUGGUGAUUAUGCCUUGAGUAUAACUGGACCAAUACUCAUGUUCUUUGAAAAAUAUUAUAAUGUACCAUAUCCACUCUCUAAAUCAGACCAGAUUGCUCUGCCUGAUUUUUACUUUGGGGCAAUGGAGAACUGGGGGCUUGUGACAUACAGAGAGACAAACCUUCUGUAUGAUUCAGUCAUCUCUUCCAAUGCAAACAAGGAGAGAACAGCUACCAUUAUAGCCCAUGAACUGGCACACAUGUGGUUUGGCAACCUUGUGACUCUGAGGUGGUGGAAUGAAGUUUGGCUGAAUGAAGGUUUUGCCUCUUAUGUAUCAUAUCUUGGUGCAGACUUUGCUGAACCAUCUUGGAAUGUGAAAGACCUGAUUAUCCUCAAAGAUGUACACCGUGUUUUUUCUGUGGAUGCUCUGGCUUCCUCUCAUCCCCUGUCUUCUAAAGAGGAAGACAUUAUGAAGCCAGAGCAGAUCAGUGAGCAGUUUGAUGCAGUCUCUUAUAGCAAGGGGGCGUCAGUGCUGAGAAUGCUCUCAGACUUCCUCACUGAACCUGUGUUUGUCCAAGGGCUAAAUACAUAUCUAGACAUGUUUGCCUAUCAAAACACAGUAGGUGAAGAUCUGUGGAAGCACCUUCAAACCGCUGUUGAUAAGACUGGAACAGUUCUUCCCUUAAGUGUCAAAGAAAUAAUGGACCGUUGGGUUCUUCAAAUGGGCUUCCCAGUGGUCAUUGUCAACACUACAACUGGCCAGGUCUCCCAGAAGCACUUCCUUCUGGAUCCUGACUCCAUAGUGGAGCGACCAUCUCCAUUCAAUUAUGAAUGGAUUGUGCCCAUCAACUGGAUGAAGGCAGAAGUGGAGCAGUCACGAUUUUGGCUCCUGGAAAGAAAUGCUUUUCACAUUGAAAUGAAGACGACUGGAAAUGAGUGGGUGUUGGUAAAUCUGAACAUCACAGGAUAUUACAGAGUGAAUUAUGACACUGACAACUGGGAGCAUCUACUGAAUCAGUUGACUGAGAACCACAAGGUCAUCCCAGUCAUCAACAGGGCUCAAAUUGUGGAUGAUGCUUUUAACCUUGCAAGGGCAAAGAUGAUUCCUGUCACUUUAGCACUCAGCACUACAAAAUACUUAUUUCAAGAAAGAGAAUAUAUGCCAUGGCAGUCUGCUCUUGACAAUCUGGAUUAUUUCUACCUGAUGUUUACACAAACUGAUGUCAAUGGACUUUUACAGAACUACCUCAAGAAGCAAGUGACCCCCCUUUUUGCAUAUUUCAAGAACAUUACAGAGGAUUGGUCACAUGUACCCUUUGGACAUACAGAGCAAUACAAUCAGGUAAAUGCAAUUAGAGUUGCAUGCAGCACUGGUGUAGAUGGCUGUCAAAGUCUCACCUCAAGCUGGUUCAGACAGUGGAUGGACCAACCAAACCACAACCCGAUUCACCCCAACUUGAGGUCUACAGUGUAUUGCAGUGCUAUUGCUGCAGGUGGCCCUGAUGAGUGGGAUUUUGGCUGGCAAAUGUUUAAGGAUGCCACCAUUGCUAUAGAAGCUGAUAAACUCAUGUCAUCCCUGUCUUGUACAAAAGAUCACAAUCUUUUAGAAAGGUACCUUGAAUAUACGCUUGAUGCAUCAAAGAUCCGUAAACAGGAUGCUACAUCUGUUAUUGUGUAUAUUGCCAGCAACCCAAAUGGUCAGACACUAGCUUGGGAAUUUGUCAGAAAGAACUGGGAGUACAUGUUCACAGAGUAUGGUGUUGGGUCCUUUAACUUUGCCAACCUUAUAAGUGGCAUAACCAAAACAUUUUCAACAGAAUCAGAACUUGAGCAGCUUCUGCAGUUUAAGAGUGACAAUGCAGAGAUUGGAUUUGGCCCGGGGGCAGCAGCUCUGGAACAGGCCAUUGAGAAGACAAAAGCCAAUAUAAAAUGGGUGGCUGAAAACCUGAGAGAAAUUAAAGACUGGCUUAUGGCUGAAACAGCUUAAACACAAUGGACUCUCUACAACUGACAUUAUUAAAAAAAAAUGUAAUGAAAUAAUGAAAAAACUAGUUUAAUUAUUUAGUAAAUAAUUAAUAUUGUUUAUAAGUUUUUGGAUGUUUGUUAAAUUGUAAUUUGCUCUGUAUUGAUAUAGAUGUUUGUUUGUAUUAAAAAAAAAAUGGCUUACCAUAUCAACACUUUUAAAUGCUCAUUUCUAUGAAGAGGCCCCUCUUUGUAGAGCUCAAACUCUCUUUGUCAACUUGUAAUAGCCAACUUGCUUAUAACUUGCUAAUAUGUCAUACACUUGACAAAUUUGCCAAAGUUGAAAGUAAAAUUGUGAUUGGUUUGCCUACAUGACCAUUAUCCGGCUCAACUUAUUUCAAUCUGAGUUCAGAGUCCUUUGCAUGACAUGAAAUCUGAAGUUUUUAUAGACACGAGACAAACAAGUUCUACCCAGAUUCUCUGAUAGGUUAUGAAGGUGGGACAAAGCUGAAUAAAAGAUAUUUGAGCCUGAGCUUCCAGUCUUCUGCAUAUGAACAGUGCUCAAUUUUUCUUACAGUACAAUGGUCAGAUUUUCUAUUCUUCUUGUCCUUGUACUUCCAACAGUGACUAAGAUUGCUACAUUAACAAAUUCAUUGCUUCAUAAUGUGUAUGUUUCAAUUUCAAGCAGUGUAGCAGUUCCUCCACCUAAUUUGUCAAAAAUGAGCUUUAAAUAAAUGUAAAAGCAUGACUUGUG